AUGGUUUCAUUACGGGCAGGCCAAAUGGACCAGCAGUACACGCUCAAUGCCAACAGACUCGUCAUCUCCAUUUCAGACUGGUUCAGAUUUAGUUACAUGGGCCGUGCAAAAACAGAAUUGAAGUGUCUCUCAAUUGAGAAAGAUCGGAAGGGCAGAUUCAAGACAAGAAUCAAGGGACUAGAGAGCAAAAUGAAGAAAUUUUCUGACAAAUGCAAAGGAUCCGAAGCAUGCUUGAUAGUUUAUGAAGAAGGUAGCAACGCUGCACCAAUGAUUUGGCCAAAAGAUUCUAACAAAGUCAAGUCCUUAAUUAAAAAGUAUGAAGCUCAAAAGAAUGUGAGGCCUCCUAAAAUCUUUGAUCUCCAAGACUUCUUUGAGCACAAGAAGACCUCGGUUGAAGCCGAAACUUCGAAAGUGCGAAAAUGCAUCUACAGCGUCGAGUAUCCCACUUCUGACUUGAAUAUCCAGAGCUUAGAUUUGGAACAACUGAGGAUGUUCAUUGGUAUAUUGGAUAACAAGAUUGGUGUGUGUGCUGAAAGGGUUAACAUGCUUAAAAAUAGUCAAAAAGUUGAAAGUAACUUCAAUUUUGGACACAAUGUUGAUCGGCACAACUAUUCUUUGUAUAGUAUUAUACAAAACGGUGCUUUAGUAAACUCAACAAAAGUGAAAGAGCCAGAGCCUAUGGUUCAUUAUGACACAAAUGUGAUGGAGGACACUACUACUAACAAGAAAGAUGAAGAAGUCCGUUUGGUUUGUACUGAGAAGACAAUUGAUAAAGUAAAUUCCACAAAUCAAGUUAGUGAGGCUUUGGAUUGGAAAAGUCAAUUUGCUGAGGCUGAGGCAUGGGCUAGUGACUUUGGUGAGUUUGAGAAUUGGAUGAAUUAA